CCCCCUGAGGAAUUAGAGUUUUGGGCACGGAAAGUGAAUUCCGAUUGUUUAUUCCAAGAAGUUUUAUGAUAAUUGAGUUAAAAAUGAACGGUCACGAUGAGGAAGAAGAUACCGGCCCCUCGGUUGACUCCACGGACCCCGAAGAGCGUAUUGCUGCACGCAGAAUCAGGAUAUCAAAACGUGUGGAAAUGGCAAGAAGGGAAGCAAUGGGAGAAGAUCCCAACUCUUUAAAGAAAGAAGACAAGGAAGAACAGAGCAAGAGCAAACGUCAAAUAGAAGAUAGUAGACAGCGUCUGACGAAACUAAAGACAGAUGGUACGGAGCUAGUGUCCAAUGUAAGAGUAGCAGCGGAUGCAAGAGAGGCACACAGACGGACAGAUGAAGAAGAAAUACAAAGACAAAGGAAUGAGAAGCUUGAAGCAGAGGCUAAGGCAGGUCUAGAACGCUUUGAAGAGAUCACUAAGAAAUGGGAACAAGCCAACACACGAGAUCUUCCAAUGGAACUUCAUGAUUUACUGAAACAACAAAAGUCUCUCUCCGAGGCCAUGAUUGAUGAAAAGAAUAAACUUAUUAACGACUUCCAGAUGGAAUUGAAGAGUAAAGAUGACCAGUAUGUCAAGGACUUGAAGAAAGAAGCUGAAGACAUUGAUCUUAUGAUUGAUAGAAUGGAAGAGCAGAUUAAGAACUUGACUAAGGCUUAUCGAGAUGAGCUCACUCAGAUUGAGAAAUCAUUUGAGACUGAGAGAUUUGAACUCCUUGAAGGUAACCGGCGUAAAUGGGAUCAAUCCAUGAUCGGGCGCGGUGAUCAAGAAUUGGAAUACAUGAAACAGAGAGAAAGACGAGUUGAAGAAUUUGAGAAACAACUUCAACAUCUACGGAUACAAGACGCUGAUGAGUACAACAUGGUGAAGAUUAAACUGGAGACCGAUGUACAGGUUUUAGAGCAGCAGCUUCAGCAAAUGAAGGCAACCUAUCAACUGAAUCAAGAAAAACUGGAGUACAACUUUCAAGUCUUAAAGAAACGGGAUGAAGAAAACACCAUCACAAAGUCACAGCAGAAGCGCAAGAUUACUAGACUUCAAGAUGUGAUGAACAAUCUGAAGGUAAAGUUGGCCAAACAGGAGAAGCAAUAUCGAGAGGAAAACCAGGGACUAGCGGACGAUUAUAAACGCAUCACAGAGCAGUUUAAAGAAUUGCAAAAGAAAUCAAAACACUUUCAAGCAACGGAUACAAGAAAGUUUCAUGACAUUUGGUGCAUGAAUGAGGACCAGGUCAAGAUGCUGGCAACAAGUUGCUUAGAACAAGAUCGUAUCAUCACUGAACAACAACUGGGUCUACAGUGGAAAGCGCCGGAUAAUAUGUGGUUCUUGGACAAUGAUGGACCAAUCAUCAGCAAGAAGAGUCAAGAGAAAACGACUGUCACUUCCGCCCAUGAAGUGUUAAAAGAAAUAAUGUCAACAGAUGGCAGCGUGAAGGAAGAUGAAGGGAGUGAGAAUGGUUCAAGGAACAGCCAAGAUGUGACUGGAGAUGAAGAAGAUGUUGUGGAGAAACCUAAAGUAUCUGUGAAGACGAUAAAAAGAGUCUUGGAAUUACUGUGUGAUGAAUCCGGUUUCUUAGUAGAAUCCAAACUAAACACACUUCUGGCUCCACUAGAGAAAGAUGAACGAAGUCUAAUGAAACUAGAUGCCAUCUUUGGGGCUUUAGGUGUAGACACUGAGGAAGAUGUACAUAAAUUGACAACUUACUUCAUUAUGCAUCAACAAGCUACUGAAGUCACUGCUGCUGAGACGGCUGCUAAUGAGGAAAUGCUGGAUGCACCAUUUACUGUGGAUACAGAUAAACAGAUGGCAGUCGCUGUAGAUGCCAUUGCAGAUCCCCAGGGUGUGACACAAAACAGAGCAUCACAGGUGACACAACCCAGAGCACAAGGGAUGAGGCAGGCACCAGAUGGGUCUGAGACUGGAGAACAGGAUGAGUUUGCUGAAGGAGAUGAAGCUGAGAUAUUACAUGUAACUGGACGUCUUGAAGAUGCUGCUGGUUCUAUUCGCUCAACACGAUCUGAUGCAACUGAACUUAUUCAUCCUAAUGAUGUAGUUAAAGCUAUCAGGCACUUUGUUGAUCAGAACACUAAACCAACUAAAGAAAAAGUGAAGUUUCAGACGUUCCGAAUCAUCUCAGGAGAGGAAAGGGACGACAGUGAGGAUGCACAGUUCUGGGCAAGCUUUCCAUCAGUUCUUUCUGGGAAACAGGAGAAAGUAUGGAGAGCUCUCGUAGAUGGAUUGGAAAAAUACAGUGAUGUCCUGAAUCAACGUUCUAAGCUGAUCACAGAAACAGACUCUCUCCGUCAGCAGAAUGCAGAAUUGAGAAUGCUUCUUCAUCAGUACAUUAAUUCCAAAGUCAAUCAGGAGCUAGAGAUUCCUCCGACUAGAGUACUAAAUCUUGAUGUACCACAAUAAUCUUAGUACCUUCCAGCAGACCUUCUAGGACCCACACCCUACCAGAGAACUAAAUCUUGAUGUACCACAGCAAUCUUGGUACUUUCUAGCAGAUCAUCUAGGACUAACACCCUGGGUUUACAUGAAUGUGUUGGGUUACAGUUUAUAUCAUGGUCUAAACACUCACUCUGAUUGUAUCAGGGUGCUGUUCCAUACAACAGGUGAAGCAAGCGCCCAACAGGCAGCUCAGGGCUGUAAACUCCCAAGGGAGCUGAGAAAGAUUAAAGGGAUGUUAUUGGCCCUAUGAC